AUGGUUUUGAACUCGGGCCCCCAGAGCGUUGCCUUGGGUCUCUGGAUUUCUAGUCCCGUGACGAUACCACUCUGCCACCGCCUCCCCAUGGUGGAUGCUGUGGAAAUAACAGAAGCGAUUACAGAGUUUUCCUGUCUCCGUGCCCUGCGAUUAGAGGGAAACACAGUGGGUGUUGCAGCUGCCAAGGCAAUUGCUGAAACCUUGACCAAGAGGCCAGAAUUGAAGAGGGUUUACUGGAACGAUAUGUUCACAGGUCGACUGCGUUGUGAGAUUCCACCGGCAUUGAAGUCACUUGGUGAAGCUGUCAUGCUGGCUGGGGCUGAACUGACAGAGCUGGAUUUGAGUGAUAAUGCAUUUGGACCAGAUGGAAUUCAGAGCUGCAAAGAUCUUCUGAGGAACAAGAGCUGCUUCACUCUCAAAGAGCUGAGACUUAAUAACUGUGGCCUUGGAACUGAAGGAGGGAAGAUUUUAGCCAAAGCCUUAAAAGAAUGUCAUGAGGAAUCAAGUGCCCAGGGACAGCCGUUAGCUCUGAAAGUUUUUGUGGCAGGCAGGAAUCGUCUGGAGAAUGAUGGUGCAGUUGUGUUAGCAGAGACCUUCAGUCUCAUUGGAACUUUGGAGGAAGUGCAGUUGCCACAGAAUGGAAUUACACACCAGGGCAUCGGUGCUUUGGCCAAUGCUUUCACAAAGAACACCAAUCUCCGGAUCCUCAACCUCAAUGACAAUAUCUUCACUGAAACAGGGGCAGUCUGCAUGGCACAGGCACUGGAAAGUCUGCAGAAGCUGGAGGUGGUGAACUUUGGAGAUUGUUUGGUUCGAUCAACAGGAGCUUGCGCUAUUGCAAAGUCCCUGCAGAACAGUUUGAGCAAACUGAAAGAGCUGAAUCUUUCCUAUGGGGAAAUAAAGAAGGAAGCAGCGAAUGAAGUGGUCAAAGCUCUGGCUUUCAAGGAGAACCUGCAGAAAGUAGACUUAAAUGGUGAGUGCUUACUUGAGCUGUUUGGUGUUGAAUUAUUUUAG